UUUAAAGGAUUUGGGAAAGCAUUGAAGACUGGAUUAGGAGUGGCUAACGGUGUAAAUGGUCUCCUCGAUGGUAAAUUACCUUCAAAAAAUGGUCCUGGACAACAACAAAAUAUGGAAGAGGAACAAGAGGAGAAUAUGGGGGGAAAUAUGAUAAAGAAAGGAUUAAAUUCUGCUAAACAAAUGUUUAAUAAAAAUGGAAAUGAAAAUGAUGACGACGAACAAGGAGAAGGAGAUGAGGAAGAGGAGACAGAAAAUGAGGAGGAAGAGGAGGAGGGCCAAGAACCUGAACGGAAAAAGCAAAGGAGACAUAAAAAAAGAAAAGAGAAUGAAGAAGUUGAAGAGGAGGAUGAAGAUGAUGAAGGUGAAGAAGAAGAGGAGGAGGAGGAUGAAGGAACAUUGCAAGAUGAAGAAAGGGGAAAAAGUGGGAAGAGAAGAAGAAAAAGUAAAAGGAAGAGGGAGGAGGAAGAAGAUGAAGAGGAGGGGGAUGAAGAAGAAGAGGAUGAUGAGACGGUGAAGAAGAGUAGAAAGAGGAAGCAUAAAGAGGAUAAUGAUGUUGAAGAAGAGGAUGAAGAUGACGAGCAAGUGUUGGAAGAUGAAAAACCCGACCAUCACCCCCACCACCACCACCACCCUCACCACCAUCAUCAUCAACAUCAUGUAGAUCAUCAUAAACAUACAGGUAAAAAGAGGAAACGAACAGAUAUUAAAGAAGAAGAAGAAAAAAACUUUAUAACAAAACUUUCUGAUAAAGACAAAGAAAUAUUUAACGAUUGUAAAUUAGCAGAUUCUGAAGGAUUUUUUAAUCCUGGAAAACACCCAGAAUAUGCGAGAUGGUUGCAAGGAAAAUGCACAGAUUAUAUUUUAUUUAAAGGAACGAAAAAAUAA